AUGUCGUUCUGGAGCUGGGGCGAGCCGACACCGCAGGACGAGACGCAGACGGCCUCGUUUUGGCGCUGGGGCGAGACCACCGCUGCACCGACGCCAACACAGCCUGAACCGGUCGCAGCCGCAGCGACAGCGCAGGAUGAGACUCAGAGACGUCCCACGUUCUGGUGGAGCGAACCCGACGCACCACAGCCCGAACCGGACGCGCGGAGCACCGCCACGUACGCUGCCGGCGACGACGCCGGCGCGCUUGCGGCCCGUGCGAAAGAGCUUGGCCUCGAGGAGCGCGCGGCGCGCCGCAAGUCCGCGCCGAGCCGCCGCGACGUCGACUUGGCGCUGGCGCGGCAACAACCAGACGUAUCGACCGAGCCGGAGGCCCCACAAGACGCGUCGCCCCCGAAGUGGUCGGAGCCCAUCGCGCGCGCCCUCUGGUCCGCGGCGCAUCGUAUUAGUGAUCCACGGCAGCUCGGCGAACGAUUAAAAAGGAGGCUCCCGGCGUUCCGCGACGCGCUGACGCACGUCCCUGUGCGUCCCGGUUCUAGAAGAAUCGCUUUGACGAUCGACGACGCCCCUUCCGACCUGCUGGGUCCGGUGCUCGACGCCCUGAAAGCGUGCGGCGUCAAGGCGACGUUUUUUGUGAUUGCCGACUUCUGCUCUACUUACGCGCGGCGGCAGCUGCUGGAGCGAGCGGUCCGCGAAGGCCACGAGCUGGGCAACCACAUGUGCGACGACGUGUCGUGCUACGGCAUGACGGGCGAGGCGUUCGAGAAGGAUUUUUUGCGGUGCGACGACCUCCUGGCGCGGCUCGACCCGACCUGGCGCCGGAGAAAAUGGCGCUGGUUCCGGCCGCCGCGCGGCUACCUGAACGAGGAGAUGCUCGAUCCUCUAAAUCGCUUGGGGUAUCGCGUCGCGCUCGCGGACGUGUUCCCGCUGGACACGGCGGUCCGGAGCGUGGACUGGCUCGUGGACUUCGUGCUGGAGAAGGCGCGGCCCGGAAGUAUCGUGCUGCUGCACACGCCCGACCUGCGGGAAACCCACGACCGGCGGAACAACGUGCAGGUCUUCCGCGAGUUGUGUCCCCGUCUAGUGAAGGAGUACGAGGUCGGGACGCUGUCCGAGUUGGUCGAACGAAGACGACCUACGCCGCCGUCGCCGAGUUUAGUAGAGUGGGAUAAAUAA